UCAGCAGAAUUUCCACUCAUGAAGCCUGAUUUGAUCUCCUGGCUUGAGCAAGACCCUUCAUUUCCAGAUCAGUUAGGCCUGGAGGAAAUGGUGUUUACAUCGCAGCACAAGUCAGGUUUUCGUCAGGAUGAGCAUCACAGAACUGGUGCUACUCCCAUUCCCCUGUCUUUAGAUUAUGUAGAAAGGACCACAUACUGUAUUCCUGUUGUGACCAUCAAGCUGGAACAGGAGGGGAAGACAUGUGGCCUAGAUGAGAAGGAAUCUGUAUCCUUCCCAGGGACCGCCUCAGAGAACACCAUGGGGUGGCCAUCUCAAUCUCAAACAAAGCGGGUUAAAGGAGAGAAAACUGCUGCUGCCUUAGCAUCUGAGGGACUGGUGACCUUUGAGGAUGUGGCUGUGCAUUUCACAGAGGAGGAGUGGUUGCUGCUGGAUUCGACUCAACGAUCUUUAUACAGGGAGGUCAUGUUGAACAACUAUGAGAUGCUUUCAUCUCUUGUUCCAAAGCCUGAACCCAUUUCAGAAACGGAGGAAGAGGAGGGGCCGUCGUGGGUGCUAGAUUCUCAGGAAUGGGAAGGACUUGAAAAGUUGGAUACCAGACCAGGAAACUCCAUGGAUAAGACCUUUUGCCAGAACCAACCAACAUAAACACUGUACUGGCAAUAAUUUGCAUGAUUGACUAGAUAGUUCAGUGGUUUAGGUAUCUGAGUUCAGCUGUUUUAUUUACUUAUUGAAAAUAUUUUGACCUCCACCCCUUUCUCGUUAAAAAAAAGGACUCAG